AGGCUGGCUAGGGUUUAGCAGGUUUGUUGAUGGGCUGAAGGAGCACGGGCUGACGCUGCAGAACUUCGCCUCGAUCCGGGAGCAGCAGGUCGGAGGCUUUGUUCAGGUUGGUGCACACGGUACCGGUGCAAGAUUGCCUCCCGUAGAUGAACAGGUUGUUAGCAUGAAACUGGUGACGCCUGCUAAGGGAACAAUAGAGCUUUCGAAAGAGAAAGACCCUGAACUCUUUUAUCUAGCGCGCUGUGGUCUAGGUGGUCUUGGUGUGGUUGCAGAAGUCACCAUUCAAUGUGUUGACCGGCAUGAGCUUGUCGAGCACACUUUCAUUUCAAAUAUCAAUGAAAUCAGGAAAAAUCACAAGAAGCGGCUAUCUGAAAACAAGCAUGUGAAAUAUUUGUGGAUCCCAUACACAGACACGGUCGUAGUUGUAGAGAGCAAUCCUCUUUCAAAGUGGAAAACGCCAAAGACCCUGUCUAAAUAUGGGCAAGAUGAAGCAUUACAGCAUGUUCUCGAUCUUUACUGCGAGUCGAUCAAAAAAUACAGGCCUGAAGAAACUAACGAUGAAGCAACCAUAAGCCAGCUUUCAUUUACCGAGCUGAGGGACAAGCUUCUUUCCCUUGAUCCUCUAAACAAAGAUCAUGUCAUAAAGAUCAACCAGGCUGAAGCUGAGUACUGGAAGAAAUCUGAAGGAUAUCGCAUUGGAUGGAGCGAUGAAAUACUGGGCUUCGAUUGCGGAGGACAGCAAUGGGUCUCAGAGACCUGUUUCCCUUCAGGGACACUUUCAAAGCCAAGUAUGAGAGAUUUGGAUUACAUAGAAGAGCUAUUGAAACUUAUAAAGAAUGAAGAAGUGCCAGCACCGGCUCCUAUAGAGCAGCGCUGGACAGCGAGAAGCAAGAGCCUCAUGAGUCCAGCAUCGAGCUCAGGGGAAGAUGAUAUAUUCUCAUGGAUAGGUAUAAUCAUGUACCUGCCAACAACGGAUCCUCGUCAGAGAAAGGAGAUCACGGAAGAUUUUUUUGAUUAUCGACGUCUGACCCAAAGCAUGCUCUGGGAUGAAUAUUCUGCCUAUGAGCAUUGGGCUAAAAUUGAGGUGCCGAAGAACAAAGAAGAACUUGCAGAACUUCAAGCAAGGCUAAGGAAGCGGUUUCCUGUCGAUGCUUACAAUAAAGCUCGAAGAGAGCUCGACCCGAACAGGAUUCUCUCAAAUGGCAUGCUGGAAAAGUUAUUCCCACAACAGCUUGAGGCUUCUCUUUGAAAUACUCUUCUGAGCUUUUGCUUGCCAACUCUGCAGUUGCUGUACAGAGUGCAGUGUCUUCCGCUUGAUCAUCAACCGAACUGAAGGUGAUAUCGACAUUUGUUGUUGAUAAACUUUGUCUCAUUUUAUUGAGUGUAUCCCUUGGCCUUGCUAGGGGUUUUAUUUCUGGGGGAGGAGAUGUCACUGUAACCCCCCUCUGAAUAAAUUGCGUUCGAUGUAAUUUUCACUUUAGUUAUGCGGGAAGUAAACAUUGCAUGAACGGAAAAACGUGUUAUACUUCAAUACUCUUUAAAAACUCACAUUCAGUCA